CCCCUCCCCCAUCCUUACCGCCGCGCUCCCGGAGGUCCAGGUCCGGGAGGUGACAGUGGCUCCCAGGAAGCUAAGGACGGAGCCGCUGAGGGAGUACUUAGGCCCUAAGGCCUCCCCAGGCAGUUCUACUCACCGUGUCAGAGGCCGAGGCCGACAGAGAUGAGAGUGCAGGGAAGUGGGGAAGAGGGGGCGGCCGCCACCAGGCUCCUCCGCUCCCUUGGUCCACGGCGGAUCCCUCACGCUUGUCAGGAGGCAGCCAGCGAGUGCAGGGACAAUGCUGAAAAGAAUGACAAGGCUUAUCUCCAGGGUCCAUAAGUUGGGCCCUGGACAUUUCUUGCAUACGGGGAUCCAGACACCCCAAAGCCUUGCUGCUCACCUAGAUAACCACGUUCCAGUUGAGAGUUCCAGAGCUGUUUCUCGAACCAGUGAAAAUGACCCGGCCAACCAUGGAGAACAGCAUGAAGGUCAGCACUACAGCAUACCCCUCCAGGAUCUGAAGACUGUGUUCCCCCAUGGCCUUCCUACUCGCUUCGAAAAGCAGGUAAAGACAUUCAAUGAAGCAUGCCUGAUGGUGAGGAACCCAGCCUUAGAGCUACUACAUUACCUGAAAAACACCAAUUUUGCCCAUCCAGCUAUACGCUAUGUUCUCUAUGGGGAGAAGGGAACAGGAAAAACCCUCAGUCUUUGCCAUAUUAUUCAUUUCUGUGCGAAACAGAACUGGCUGAUAUUGCAUAUUCCAGAUGCCCAUCUUUGGGUGAAAAACUGCCGGGAUCUUCUGCAGUCCACAUACAACAAACAGCGCUUUGAUCAACCUUUAGAGGCUUCGACCUGGCUGAAAAAUUUUAAAACUGCAAAUGAGCGUUUCUUGAGUCAGAUAAAAGUUCAAGAGAAGUAUGUCUGGAAUAAGCGAGAAAGCACAGAGAAGGGCAGUCCCUUGGGAGAAGUGGUUGAACAGGGCAUAACGCGAGUGAAGUGUGCCACAGAUGCAGUCGGGAUUGUGCUUAAAGAGCUAAAGAAGCAAACUUCUUUGGGUGUUUUCCACCUCCUGGUGGCAGUGGAUGGCGUCAACGCUCUCUGGGGAAGGACUACACUAAAAAGAGAAGAUAAAACCCUGAUUGCGCCAGAGGAAUUAGCACUUAUUUACAAUCUGAGGAAAAUGCUGAAAAAUGAUUGGCAUGGAGGUGCCAUUGUGUUGACAUUGAGCCAGACUGGUUCUCUCUUUAAGCCCCGGAAUGCCUAUCUGCCCCAGGAGUUGCUGGGAAAGGAAGGUUUUGAUGCCCUGGAUCCCUUUAUUCCCAUCUUGGUUUCCAACUAUAACCCAAAGGAAUUUGAAAGUUGUAUUCAGUAUUACUUGGAGAACAAUUGGCUUCAACAUGAGAAAGCUCACACAGAAGAAGGAAAAAAGGAACUGCUAUUCCUGAGUAAUGGGAAUCCUGGGCAGCUGGAGCGACUCUGUGCCUACCUCUAAGCCAGGAUCACGGCAUGCAUGGAAGACAGUGGACAUUUACUUUAAUGGCCCCAAUCAGAUGGGGAGUUCACAGUGCCCAAGAGAGCCGCCAGCCCCUGUCCUCAUGGGACUGGACAGCACCGCAGUUAGCUCCAGACCUUCAUUGAAAUGGGUUACUUUGUGAAGUGACUCUACUGACGACAAGACAGCUGCUUGUUCCUGAAACUAAUAUCAGUUUAUUAGAUGUGAAAUAAUUAUAAAUACUU